AUGGCAAGCAAGGAACGAGGUACGUUGCUAAAGGAAAAGCAUGUUAGGUACAUCGAGAGCCUGGACAAGAAACAAGACACUCUCGAAUUUUGGUUGACUGAACACUUGAGAAUUAAUGGGGUAUAUUGGGGCCUGAAUGCUCUCUGUAUGCUGAGAUCCAAAGAUGUUUUCAACAGGGAAGACCUGAUUAAAUUUGUACUAGGAUGCUACGUUGAGUCUACUGGAGGGUUUGCAGCAUUUCCUCGUCAUGAUGCGCACUUAGCUUCCACUUUAUCAGGCAUUCAAUUACUAAAAAUGUAUGAUGCCAUAGACAGUCUUUCUAAAUCACAAAUUGACAAGUGCGUUAAUUUCAUUAAGAGUAACCAAAUGAAAGAUGGCUCAUUUCAAGGUGAUCGAUUUGGCGAAGUUGAUACAAGGUUUGUGUAUACUGCUAUAAGCUCCUUGUCGAUUCUAGAACGCCUGACGCCAGAAGUAGUGGAUCCAGCGGUCGACUUUAUUCUUCGCUGUUACAAUUUUGACGGUGGAUUUGGUCUGUGUCCUGGUGCAGAGAGUCAUGCAGCUCAAGUAUUUACUUGCCUCGGGACUCUCGCUGUUGUGAAUAGAUUGCAAGACUUAACCAAGGCACAGGUCGAUGAAAUUGGAUGGUGGCUCUGCGAAAGGCAAGUCCCAGAAGGUGGAUUAAAUGGUAGGCCGAGUAAGCUUCCGGAUGUAUGCUACAGCUGGUGGGUUUUAUCAUCAUUAUCUCUCAUAGAUAGACUCGAAUGGAUUGAUUUUGAGAAGUUACGUGGCUUUAUUUUGGAUUGUCAAGAUGAGAAAAGGGGUGGCAUUAGUGAUAGACCUGACAAUGAGGUGGAUGUAUUUCACACGGUUUUUGGAAUUGCAGGACUCAGCUUGAUGGGAUUCGAGGAUUUGGUUCCUAUUGAUCCAACUUACUGCAUGACGUAUGAUAUCACAAACACUAUUAAAAAAUAUCCAUACAAUUAG